AUGCUAAGGUUGAGACCACUUCAGUUACGAUUAGAGAGGAGACCACUGCGAUCCCUCCCCGUCCAUUGGCAACGGACCCACCUCACGUUGGGAUCUCUACAAGUACAAGCGGCCUCUUCUACAACAUCAACAAUCCAAACUAGAUUCUCUCUUACUAGUAAUUGGAACCUCCCUGUGAGAAGCUUUUCUUCUUCAAGUCCCAAAAAUGAUGAUCAAGAAGAAGAAUCCCAAAGGAUACCCAAAGAAAACGACAGCAGCACAUCGGAUCCCCCCAUUCUCACGUGGGUCGACACCUAUCUCCCAGAAUCGACCAAACCCUAUGCUCGUUUAGCCCGAAUUGAUAAACCGAUUGGGACAUGGUUGUUGGUAUGGCCCUGUUUCUGGUCCACAGCCUUGGCUUCGGCAUCCCAGCAACACAUGAUUCCCGAUCCCUUUCUCUGUAUGCUCUUUGGCGUGGGGGCCAUUACCAUGCGAGGAGCCGGUUGUACCAUUAAUGAUUUGUGGGAUCGGGAUGUCGACCAAAAGGUGGCGCGGACCAAGACACGGCCGCUGGCGGGAGGUGAUGUGACCGUGAGUCAGGCCAUUGGCUUUUUGGCGGCACAAUUGUCCGUCGGAUUGGGAGUUUUGGUCAGUUUGCCACACACGUGGUAUUGCUUUCAAUGGGGCACGGCAUCCUUGCCUCUGGUAGCCAUGUAUCCCUUGACCAAACGAUUCUUGCCGUGGCCACAAAUGUUCCUCGGUGUAACCAUUAACUGGGGCGCCUGGAUGGGAUGGGCAGCCACGCAUGGGAGCAUGGAUUGGUCCAUUGUCCCGUUCCUUUAUGGAUCGGGAGUGACUUGGACGCUGGUCUAUGAUACCAUUUAUGCCCAUCAGGACAAGGCAGAUGAUGCCAAGUUGGGGUUGCAUUCCACGGCAUUGGCAUUUGGUGAAAAUGACCAGCAACAAAAGAUGGUGCUUCAUGGACUGGCAGCACUGACAUGGCUCCAAUGGAUGGCGGUGGGAUACAAUGCGAGUGACUUUUUGGCCGUGCCCUACUAUCAACUUGGCGUCACCACGGCCUAUGCACAUUUGGUGUGGCAAAUCCAUACCGCAGACUUUGACAAUCCACACAAUCUGGCGGCACGAUUUAGGAGCAAUUCCGCUGUGGGAGCCUUGAUUUUUGGUUCCAUUGCGGCUGGUGGCUACUUUCAAUAA